AUGACAAUGAUCAAAUUGCGUGAGUUAGCUAAAUCUGUUGAGUUGGAUAGUUACUCAUUUAUAUUUUCUCAUUUUAGUCUCAUACCUAACUCGAGUUUUAAACUUUAUAAAUCGACGAUUAGUCAAGGCGUUAAAACCACUGAUGAACAAGCAAACAUAUCAGUUAUAAGUGAAUCAAUACCAAAAAUAAUAACAGAUACUACAGAAGCUCUACCAACUAAACACAAUGACUCUUCAAGUGUGAAUACUACAUCGAUAUCAAAGGAUGUACCUCAAUCACUGCCCUCUGAAAAGAAAGAAUUGAAACGAAAACUUGAUGACUUAGAUUUUCCAUCGCCUACUGCUACAAGUAACAAUUCUCAUUCACAAAUAAUUGUCAAUGAUCGAAAACUUGAUGACUUAGGUUUUCCAUCUACUGCCACAAGUAGCAAUUCUCAUUCACAAAUAAUUGUCAAAGAUCGAAAACUUGAUGACUUAGAUUGUCCAUCGCCCACUGUCACAAGUAACAAUUCUCAUUCACAAUUAAUUGUCAAUGAUCGAAAGAGUAAAACCUGCAAAAAAGAUAAUCAAACAAAUAAAUCUAUGCUAUCUACAAACAAAAGAGAAAGUGUCCACGAUCAAAUUCAACAACAGCCAACGAUUACUGGGCGUAUGCGUGAAAUAAAAUCAACCACACCAGCAUGGAAAGUGAAACAAAACAACCAAGUGUCAAACGGCAAUAAUGGAAAAUUGCAUAUUCGAUUUGACUCAUCGAGCGAAGAUGAGGAUCAACAUGUGUCGAUAACCAACCCUCAAAAACAACAACAACAAUCACCUUGUUUGCAACCAACUAUAAAUAACGGCGAUACAAAGUUGACCACCAACCUAAUCAAAGUCAACGGAGUCGACAUCAUUCAUUUGCUUCCAGAAAAUAAGACCUUAAAUACUACUAAUGGACCACCAGUAUGCUCCAAACCGAAGCAAAACGAUCUUGUAUUUGAUCUAAAACAAUGUAAGACUCCUACAGAAAAAGUAAACAAUGCGAAGCUGCGUUCAAGACAACGCGCACAACAUCGAAAACGCAUGCUCGAUAAUUUUUCAUUAGCAAAAUUUAUUGAUCAUGCAUUUGGUGUUGCUGAACAAAACGGCACACAAGAUACAAGAGAUAAACUCAUUGAAAAUGGAAUAACUGAUACGCAAGAACAACCGAAACUUCCCAAGACCUUUAGUAAAUUUGCUCGUUUACCUUUGAUUGGCGAAUCAAUUAAAUCCAAUAAUAAUAUUUAUGAUUUAUAUCCACCAAUUCAAAAAUGUCCACCAGUAAAAUCACGGAUUGCAUUCAAAUUAUUAGAACUUGACGAAAAUUUUUCUCCGAAAAUGACUGAAUUUAAAGAAGGAACAGUUGUUAAUUAUGAUGAAAAUUCAUGUGAAGUAGUUCUACAACUCGAUGAGCCAUUGCCGUCAGUUUUCGAUCAACCAUCAAAAUUUUACACUCCUGACGAAGAUGAAGCGAUUUCAAUACCAAAUUCUACAAUCACGCUACCAUUUGCAGGAUUAUAUUUGGUUCGAUUAUUAUCGUCCUAA